GUUUGGAGCCAGAUCUUCGCCGUGUGCCGCGAUUUUUAUAAAGAACAAGAAUGCGUCGCAGUACAUAUAGCUGCGAAACGGAGAAUGAGGCUCGUCAACGCGUGCAUCAGGCAAUAGAUAUAAAUAAGUUCGCGAAUUGGGAAAUGCACGGUUGGGCAAGUAACUCGACUGAGGUAUUAAAAGGGUUAAAGACAGACAAUAAUCCGGGUCGCUUGAUCGGAGUAGAUUCAGGGACGUGCGGCGUCGAGAAAGUUUUAGGGCUAAGGUGGGCGAAUUCGAAUGAUCAGUUAGGAUUCAAUUUUAAUCCAGGUAAAAUCUCAGAAGAUAUAUAUAAUGGUAAGAAAAAACCAACGAAGAGGGAGUUCUUAGGCGUGAUAAUGUCCGUUUUCGAUCCGCUCGGCUUCCUCACUCCUUUCACGAUCCAAUCGCGGAUCUUAAUGCAGUAUAUUUGGUCUAGUGGUAUAGGCUGGGACGAGGUCUUGCGUGAUGAGGAGUUUACGCACUGGCAGCAAUGGCUAAUCGAAUUGGGAAAAAUCGGGAAAUGUAGUAUACCGCGUUGUUAUCAAGAUCGUAAUUAUCAACUGAGAACAGCCGAAUUACACGUUUUUUGCGAUGCCAGUACAAAGGCCUACGCAGCGGUAGCUUAUUGGCGAUUUAAAUUACCAAAUGAAACAUUUCGCGUAUCAAUCAUUAUGUCGAAGAGUCGCGUUGCGCCGUUAAAAGUUAUGUCCGUUCCGCGAUUAGAGUUACAAGCGGCCCUAUUAGCUACGAGAUUAGCUAAAACAAUAGCGAGUGAACACGAUUUUAGAAUCACGCGUAGGAUAUUUUGGUCGGACUCGAAAACUGUUCUACAUUGGAUCAGGAAGGAUCCUCGGGAAUUUAAGAUCUUCGUCGCGAAUCGAUUAAGUGAAAUUCGCGAAAAUUCAGAGGUAAAUGAGUGGCGGUGGGUGCCGACAAAAGAUAAUCCGGCCGAUGACGGUACUAGGGCCGCGCCUAACGCACUUGAUGAGAAUAGCAGAUGGUUAGCCGGGCCGUCGUUUCUAACAAAGGCAGACUCCCUUUGGCCGAAAAGCGACGUUCAUUUUGAAGUCGAUACGGCCGACCUAGAAUUUUCAAAAUCGUUCCUUCCUGUAGCGAAUGUCGUAGAAGAACAACACUUAUUGCUAAACUUUUCGAGAUUUUCGUCCUUGUCGAGGCUUUUAUCUACUGUAUCUCGGGUCUUAGAAGCUGUUGAUAGAUGGAGAAACAGAAGUCACUCGUGCCUUGAACGAAAAGUUAACGCCGAGAUUAUUUGUUACAAGUUGAGCCAAUCGAUAUCGUUUCCAGAAGAAUUAAAUUGUAUUGAGAGAUCAAAGGCUGUUCCCAGAAGUAGUAGGGUUGCGUCUUUAAAUCCGUUUAUUGACAAAGAUAAUGUAUUGCGCGCCGAAGGUCGAUUAGGGAACUUUACCAGCCAUGAUUUCGCUACUCAUCCAAUAAUCUUAGAUGGCAAAGAGAAAUUUGCACAGCUCUUGGUUAAGGAUUCCCACGAAAGAUUUUAUCACGGAAGUCACGAAACGGUAAUAAAUGAAUUAAGACAGAAAUUUUGGAUAGUCGGGUUAAGGCAAGCUCUAAAGAGUUUAGUUUCGAAAUGCAUCGUUUGCAAAAUUCGUCGCGGUUUGCCAGCAAAGCCAAAGAUGGCGGAUUUGCCACCCGCGAGAUUAGCUUGUUUUGUACGUCCGUUCACUCAUUGCGGGUUAGAUUACUUCGGUCCGAUGCAGGUAAAAAUAGGACGAAGACGAGAGAAAAGGUGGGGCGCGCUGUUUACAUGCAUGACUACUCGCGCGAUCCAUAUAGAGCUGGCGCACAGUUUAAGCACAGAUUCGGCAAUUAUGGCCUUCAGAAGGUUCUCAGCAGUCAGAGGAACACCGGUGUGUGUUUAUUCGGAUAACGGUACAAAUUUUAGGGGUAUGGAUAGAGAGUUGAAGCAGGCGAUAAGGGAAUUAAACCGCACAGAGAUCAACAAUUUCGCUUGUAAAAACAAUAUUGAAUGGAAGUUCAAUCCACCAACGGCGUCUCAUAUGGGUGGAGCAUGGGAGAGAAUGAUUCGAUCAGUUAAAACCGCAUUAGGAACAGUGUUGAAAGAACAAGCACCUAGAGAAGAGGUCUUGAUAACGUUAUUAGCAGAGGUUGCGCAUUGUGUAAAUUCGCGUCCGCUCACACACGUAUCGACGGAUCCGCGCGAUGAUGAAGCGUUGACACCCAAUCAUUUCCUACUCGGGUCCUCGUCAGGGCAGAUUAGAAUAUCCAGGUGCGAUUUACAAACCACAUGUCCGCGGAAACAGUGGCGUUUGGCGCAAAGUUUCGCUGAUGCGUUUUGGCGAAGAUGGUUGCGUGAGUUUCUUCCAACAUUGAUGCCGCGGAAGAAAUGGAGAGAGUCAGAGCCGCCUCUGAAGGUAGGCGACAUCGUCCUGAUUUUGGAUGAUAACACAGAACGUAAUACCUGGCGUAAAGGCGUGAUUACUGAAGUUUUUCCGGGUGCCGAUGGGCAGGUCCGUGUAGCCGAGGUUCGAACGGCGAAUGGGAACCUUCAAAAUAUUGAAGCUUUCACAUGUAAAACCUGGCCGUUGAUAUUUGAAUGUCAGGAGCGUAAAGUGCUUGGACUUGGCAAAGCUUGGCAAAAUUGUUGUCUAACAAACAUAUAA